AUGAAUUCUUUAUCAGAUAAAGAGCAAAGAAAAAAGGUUUUGAUUAAACCCUCAGAUUUUACCCCUCACUUGCAUCACACCAUUAAGGUCUUUGAGGAACAAUGUAUUCAGGACAUUACUCGAGUUUUGAACAACAGAAGUUACACCACUAAUAAUUUGAACAGGGAUGAAAGAAUGGCCCUCCAAAAUCUAAAAUCACUUUGUAAAGAUUUCAGAUUCAUGAAAAGUGACAAGGGGAGCAAUAUUGUUAUCAUGAGCCAAGAGACUUAUAACAACAAAAUGUUGGAUAUUAUUAACAAUGGUGACGAGUAUGAGAUUAUCAGCCUUCAUGAAAUUAAACGUACUUCUGGACUGACAAUAUACCAGACUCCAUUCAUUACUGGCAUACAGGGGGGCACUGCCAGAAUGAAUUGCACUUUGUCAGAAGUAUCUGUCGGACCUGUCCGAUGGUACAAAGAGGGCAAUCAGCAGCCGCUCGUGUACUCACAGUCUGAAAGUGAGAAACCAAAUCAACGAGUGAGUAGGACUGUAAAGGAAGGCCCUACAAGGGAGACUGAUCAUUCUAUUAAAUUUUCACCUCUUCGCUUGGAAGAUGCCGGGGUGUAUUACUGUGUGAAGUUCAAAUCUGACAAGGUGACUGUGGUUACAAAUGGAUCAGGAACACACCUUCAUGUGAACAGUGCUUACAGCCAGAUGAUAUACCAAGCCCCAUCGGUUACUGGUAAAGAAGGAGGCACUGUCAAAAUGAACUGCACCGUGCCACAUGAAAGUUUAGGACCUGUUCGGUGGUACAAGGAAGCCAAUCUGGAGAAGGUUCUAUACUCACAGUUGCUAGGUGACAAAUCAGAUGCACGAGCCAGUAGGAUAGUGCAUGAAGAACAAGAAAGAAAGAAUGAUUUUUCCAUCACAUUUUCAAAUAUUACAUUGGAAGAUGCUGGGGUGUAUUACUGUGUGAAGUUCAAAUCAGACAAUGUAACUCUGGCUGCAACAGGAUCUGGAACCAGACUUUAUGUGAGCAGUGCUUAUGAACUGACGAUAUACCAGACCCCAACUGUUACUAGUGUAGAAGGAGACGCUGUUAUAAUGCAAUGUACUUUGUCACAGGAAAUUGUAGGACCUGUUCACUGGUACAAGGGCAGCAAUCGGCAUAAAAUUCUGUACUCACAGUCUGAAAGUGACAAACCAGAUCCACGAGUGAGUAGGACUAUAAAGGAAGGGCGUACAAGAGAGACUGAUCUUUCCAUCACAUUUAAAAAUAUUGCCUUGGAAGAUGCUGGGACAUAUUACUGUGUGAAGUUUAAAUCAGACAAAGUAACUGUGGCUGCAUCAGGAUCUGGAACCAGACUUUAUGUGAGCCGUGGUUCUGACCUGAUGAUAUACCAGACCCUAUUUGUUGCUGGUGUAGAAGGAGACACUGUUAUGAUGCAUUGUACUUUGUCAGAAGAAACUGUAGGACCAGUUCGAUGGUACAAGGGUAGCAAUUUAAAGAAGCUCCUUUACUCACAGCUCUCAGAUCAUAACUCAGAUGCACGAGUGAGCCAGAUUGUACAUGACGGACCAACAAGAGACACUGACCAUUCCAUUGCAUUCACUGAUAUUACCUUGGAAGAUGCAGGGGUGUAUUAUUGUGUAAAGCUUAAAUCAAAUGGUGUAGCUGAGGCUGCAACAGGAUCAGGAACCCAACUUAACAUAACUAGUUCCAUUCCAUCAUGAGAUAAAUACCGAGCUGUAAUUUGAGAAGACAAUAAAAACCCAGUCUUGUUCUAUAAUGUUCUUGGUCAAAUUAUGCUUUAUAUCUGAUGUACAUAAUUUUGAGCACACAUACACACACACACACACACACACACACACACACACACACACACACACACACACACACACAC